CUAGGCACGUGAGGCUUGGGGUAUAUAUAUUUUAGCACCAACUCCAGAGAUCAGACUUAAGCACAAGUUACCUGAGGGAGCGCGGUGAACAGGUGCUGCACAGCCGAGACACAGCCGAGAGACACUUAGGACACCCACGAGGUUCUCACCAUGCCCAAAGGAUACGUUGCUUCGCCUGGCGACCUGAACGAUGCCGGCUUCACUAAAGGCGGCAUCAGCAAGGGUAGCUUGGGCUCCGGAAUGAUGUCGUAUGCUGACAAGAAUGCUGGCAGCAGGGGUGUGGUGCCUCCACUGCAGAGUGCCGGUGCCAGGGGGCAGCCUUUUUCAGCAGGAAAUGUGAGCCGCGGCGCCCUGGACCAGUCAGGGUUCAGCUCUGGCGGGAUCCAGAGGAACAGCGGUGGCGCCAACGCCAUGAGCGCCGCCUACACCUCCGGGGCAGGCAAGGGCGUCGUGUCUGCGGCACAGUCUGCUGGCGCAAGGAAAUAAAAACAAGAGAGGUGGUCGUGGUUUACUCUGCUGGGGGGGAAGGGGUUACUGUGGCGACUUGAGUGAUUGUUGGACAUCGUGGCUUUUUUGGUAUUUCAUAAGUCAAUAAAAUUCUAGUAUUAA